UUAAAAUCAAAACAAAUCGGAAAAAUCAUGAAAAUUUAAGCUUUUUUCCAUUGAAAAUCACCAAAAACCAUCAAAAAAUGAACACAUUACGAAAACUCGGACUGUUAUCUAGUCAAAUCACGAGAUGUCAUUGCAGGACAUUCACUAAAACAGCACAAAAUUUGAAUUUUCCAACCGCGAACAUCUUUGACCGGAAUGCAAAAAAGCUUCAAAAGGAACGAGCAGCACGGAGUGACGAUGUCGAAUUAUUCGAUUACAUCAAGGAAGAAGUUGGUUUUCGACUGUCUGAUCGAGUGUUCGACGUAAAAAGACAAUUUAAAAACGCAGUGGAUCUCGGUUGUGGUCGCGGAUAUGUCUCGAAACACAUUUUAGCAGAUUCCGUUGAACGACUUACGCUUUGUGACAUGAGUCCGACAAUGCUGCGACAUGCCCGAAGUACUCCCGGUGUCGAUAUUAUCAAAAAAGAGCUUGACGAGGAGUUGUUUAGUUUUCCCGAUGAUUCACUGGAUUUGGUAAUUUCGAAUUUGAGUCUUCAUUGGGUGAAUGACUUGCCGGGUUUGUUUAAAAAUAUCAACAAAGCUCUUGCUCCGGAUGGCGUUUUCAUGGCUUCGUUCUUCGGAGGCGAAACCCUGUACGAACUGCGAUCAUCACUGCAACUUGCCGAAGCAGAGAGACUGGGAGGACUUUCGCCGCAUAUCUCGCCCUUUGUGCAAAUCCGUGAUGUCGGUGCCUUAUUGAAUGCGAAUAAUUUCACGAUGCUCACAAUUGACACGGAUGAAGUUGUUGUCGGAUAUCCCACGAUGUUUGAGUUGUUGUGGGACCUGAAAGGCAUGGGAGAGAAUAAUGCAGCUUUUAAUCGUCCGUUGCAUCUUUCGAGAGAUGUUAUGAUGGCAGCAGCUUCCAUUUACAAAGACAUGUACGGGACGGAAGAAGGUGUGCAAGCGACUUUUCAGAUAAUUUAUUUGGUUGGAUGGAAACCGCACGAAUCGCAACCGAAACCCAUGGAAAGGGGAAGUGCCAAUGUCUCGUUGAAGGAUUUGGGAAAUAUUGUUGAAGGGAAACACGAUACUAGUUGUAAGAAGAAAUAAAAAAAAAGAGAUUUUUAGUUGAAAAAUU